GAUGCUCCAGGCGGCGCUGGGAGAGGCGUUCGUUGUCGGGUCCUUCUCGCACGGCGGCCGAACCGCCGCCGACGGCCCUGCGGCGCUUCGCCGCACCGCGGAGUGGCGUUCGGUCAGCUGCUUCCGACCCGACGUGGUUGCGCUGAUGGUUGGCUCGAACGACGCCAAGCCUGAGACGUGGGGCCCUGCCAUGGCCUUCCCGAGAGACGGGUACGUCGAGGCGCUGCUCAGCCUGGCUCGCGAGCUCCUCUCCCUGCCCUCGCGGCCACGGCUACUGCUGCUCGUGCCUCCACCCGCGCACGCCGUCGACGCCGCCGAGGCCGCGCUGCUCGGCGUUGGCUACCCGCGCGGCUCGGUCGGCGGCGCAAACCUCGACAAGGGCGUCAUCUCGACGCUCCUCCCGCCGCUGGUGGGCCGCGCCGCACGUGUCCUCGCCUCGGAAGGAGCGCCCGCCCAGCUCGUCGAGACCGCGUUCGGCGGCUGCCCCGCCAACCAGAGCGCGUGUUGCGAGCUGCUCGCCGGCGACGGGAUCCACACCAGCGCCGCGGGCUCGGCGCGGCUCGCGGAGGCGGUGCGGGCGCGCCUCGUGGGGGUGGGGUGAAGCAGCUCACGUGAGAGUCGAGACGAUCAGUGGGUGAGUGGGUCCGGGCGUGGGCUUCCCGCAUCUCUCAAAAGGUAAAAGGUACGGUAGGUAGUACGUC